AUGUCCCUUGGUCCAGAGGCCUCUCAAUUUCCGGCAAUAGUCCGCCGCGGGCUACCUCGUUUAAACCCUCGCAUCCCUCCCAUCAGCAAAGCCUCCGGCCCCGGCAAACUGGCCGCUAUCUCCCAAAGCAAACUCCAGCGAGAAUCCAUGUCCCACUCGCCAGACCUUCGCCGAUGUCUCGGUCAUCACGAUGUCUAUCGCAAAUCCGUGAAAGCAGCACAAGAGAAUGCCCGGCAACGCAUCGAUGCUAUGAGCGGCGAAGAAGAAGCCGUCUCGGGCGAAACACCCAGCAACGUCUCUAGAGAUGAAACCCUCAUGCCUCAUUUCCGCUCCCAGAUCACCAAUGCCGUCAAGGCUAUGGUUCGGCGCCGUUAUCACACCGGUGCUCCGGAAACACCAGAGCCCAAACUACACGUGCCCAAACUACAAGAGGCCAAGCCGCAAGAAUUCAAAGUGCAAGCAAUUCCGGUAGUAGCUGAAGGGUCACCGAGAAUGGUGACAGUGAGCAAAAGAAGUCGUCGUCACGCAUCCUGGUUUCUACCAGGGCGCAAGAAUCUGGCGCAGUCGAAUCAACUGAUACCACCGAACGCUGCGGGUUGA